ACUCUACACACAGCCACACCUGAACAAACCUCCAGCGAGGUUAGUACUCCCACCCCACGCUCCUGGCCACAAAGCUGGAACAUUUGUGGCGUUCAUUGCUUAGUGCCUCUCGUUCUCUCUCUCUCUCUCUCUCUCCCUGCAAUCAAAGAGGUAGACAUGGCUUCCAUUGUUGCAAGCUUGCCUCCUCCAGCACUGGUGGUCCCUGUUAGAAGCACCCUUUUAAGGACUCUUCUAAAACUUCCAAUUUCUCCCAUUAGAGAGAGACAGAAUCGUGUGGCUCUUGUUGUGAAGGCUGCUGGAGAAAGCUCUGAGUCAUCAACCUCCCUCAGCAUUGUUAAGUCUGUGCAGAAUGUUUGGGAUAAAUCUGAAGACCGGCUGGCUCUUUUUGGUUUGGGGUUUGCAGCUAUAGUAGCUCUAUGGGCAUCAACAAAUCUUAUAUCAGCCAUUGACAAGUUGCCGCUUAUACCAAGUGCAUUUGAACUUAUUGGCAUACUAUACUCUUCGUGGUUUGUAUAUCGAUACCUCCUAUUCAAACCUGAUCGGGAAGAGCUAUUCCAGAUUAUCAGCAAGUCAGUAUCUGAUAUCUUGGGCCAGUAAAUCAUGUGUAUAAUUUUAGAUCAUGAAGUUUUCCUUUAUUAAAACUUAAUUUGCUUAUAGUUUCAUUCUGUGCGGAUGCCGAUUGUCAAAGAAUAUGGCAUCUUGUUUUGAGCUGCACUUGUUUGCUGAAGAUGUUUGAACUUGCUCUUCAUGGGUGAGGCAUGUGUGAAUUGGUUAAUGCAAUGGUUAAGCCUUCCAUAAGCUAUUUUUAUAAUUUAUCGAAAUAAUUAUAUUUGUUUAAA